UUAAUAUUCGGACAAAAAAUAUUUAGUAACAUAUUUUUUUUACAUACUUAGUUGCUAUGUUUGUUGGUGGAAACUUCUUUCUAGUUGCCGCCAUAAUUUAUUAUUGCAGCUAAAUUGGAUAAACGAAUCAAAUUAAGUAUACAGUAAAUGGAUAUGCUUAUCUUUUGAUAUAUAUUGAUAAAUUACAGUAUAUAAAGUUAAAUUACACACAAAAUAAUAUUGAAUAAUGGCUAACUACUACAACUGCUUUACAUACACGUAAACGAAUAACGGCAGCAAAUUCCUCGCUUAAGUAGAUUCUUACAACUUUUAACAAAUCAGAUAACUAUACAAAUAGAAUUUUACAUAUGUAUAUACUUAAACUUACUUACGUCGAUAUGUGCUUUUUAUUUAGUAAAUAUGUAAGUUCAUUUGAUGAUAAUAUAAUACAUACAUACAUACAACAAUACUUACGGAGAUAUGUAUGUGUAAUUGUUAUAAAAUAAAUUGAUAUGUGGAACGCUUGGAUUGUAUUCUAUCAUUCUCGACUUGCAGCGACAAUGUUUUUUGCAACCUAUUGGCAAGGCUUCGUUAAGCUUGUUCCACAAGAAGUGAUCAGUUGUGGAAAAGCUAAAACUUAUUUGUAAAAGAAAAACCAUUGUACAAAACAAAAAAAAAUUUAUAUCUUCACCAUUUAAGUAAAAAAGAUAUUUUUCGAACAAAACCCGAUUGGCUAUUAUAAAUAAUAAAACAUGCCUUCUAGUCCUAUAUUAUUACCAAUCAGUACGCGAUCAGUUGGUUUUACCGUUCGUGUGUUAAUUAGGAGAAGUCGAAAUAUGCUGGAAAGUAAAUACAAAGAUAAAGAUUGGUAUGACUUGACAAAUGCACUGUAUCGUGUUACUUUAUUGAGAUUGCAUGUGAAAAUAAAUGAAGGUUUUAAAAAUUCUUUUAUAAAUUACAACAAUUCCGAUGAACCAAUUCUACCUGAAUUCACUGAUAGUAUUAAAUGGCUUGGCGCAGACUUUGCUAUUAUAUAUAAAUUAUUAUCCUCCGUUGGGUACAUGAAAUAUGGACACGAUAACUUUGUGCCAUUUUUGCCACAUUUAAAAGAUGAACAACGUUGCGAUCCUAUUAAUGUACGUUAUACUAAUUUACGUGAAAUUGUCAGUACACUCGCUGAUCCGGAAACUCCAAUGGAAAUACGCAAGCAUUUCUGGGAAUACAAUCCAAUUCCAGGUGCUAAAUGGAGUACGGCUGAGUUAGAUGGAAAAGAUGAAUUCGUUGCCAAUACUUGUCUUUCAAAUCCUGAUGACAUAAUGCCAGACAAAUACGAACGGACAGAGUUAAAUGAAGACAUUCAUUGUAUAACAUCAUACAUAGGAUUGACUGAAAGAACGUACCCAAAGGAUAUUGUGAAUAAAAGAAUUGAUUAUGAUUCGCAUGGAUCGAAGGCUCAAUUCGUAUCGAGUAUAGCUAUUCCCGUACGUUGUCCGUCUUAUAAUGAUAAAAAUCUGGAAAAACCUGUGGGUGACCAUGAUGCAUUUUGGACACCAAGAUGGUUAGAACAAAAUGAAAUUGAUUUCGGCGUUUUUUAUUUGUUUGGUGAACACUCAGAAGCAUUAAAAAACGAACGUUUAAUGGCGAUACGUUUUAAAGAGGUCGCAACUCAACGUAUCCAUCAAUCUUGUAUGAAUUUUCUAUUAUUAAGUCAAUAAAUAUUUUGUAUAUUUCUUUUUUAAUUUUUCAAUAAAGUUUUUAUUCAAAAAUAUAUUUGUUGUGAUUCAUUACUCAAAUUUUUUCACUUAUUUAUUGACGGUCCUGCGACAUUUUAACUGGACAAUUCAACUCGUAACCCUCACCUGUCAAAAUUUUGAGCACGGUCAACUACACAACAAAAAAAAAAAAAUACAGCAACUCAUCAGAUUUAAUUCCCUUGUUUCACUGUUCAAUGGGUGGAUCGGAAUUAAAGAAUCAUCAAAAUUCUGUUAGAAUACAUACGCUACCAGUUUGUACUAUUUUUCAUAAACAUAAGAUUAAAGACUACACUCGACGAGACAAACUAUUUUUGGAGAAUGCCGGUGCACGCAAUUUGCUUUUUAUCAACAACGAAUGGCAUAAGAGCAAAAGUGGUAAAACAUUCGGCUCCAUAAAUCCCACCACCGAGCAAAAUGUUGCUGAAAUCCAGUGCGCCGGAAAGGAAGACGUUGACAUCGCUGUACAGGCCGCCCGCACCGCUUUCAAAGUUGGUUCACCAUGGCGUCACAUGGAUGCCUCCGAGCGUGGUGUACAUUUGAAUAAGUUAGCUGAUUUGAUGGAGCGCGAUCGCGUCUAUUUGGCGAGUUUGGAAACAUUGGACAAUGGCAAGCCCUAUGCUGUCGCCUAUAAUGUUGAUGUGCCGUCGGCUAUUAAGAACUUACGAUAUUUUGCCGGUUGGGCUGAUAAGAAUCACGGCAAGACCUUACCCGUAGAUGGUGAUUACUUUGCUUACACGCGCCACGAACCCGUUGGUGUUUGCGCACAAAUUAUUCCAUGGAAUUUCCCAAUUCUCAUGAUGGCUUGGAAAUUGGGCCCAGCUCUUGCUACUGGCAAUACCAUUGUGUUAAAACCGGCAGAACAGACAAGUUUGUCUGCGCUCUAUAUUGCGCAAUUGAUCAAGGAAGCUGGCUUCCCAGAAGGUGUGGUAAAUGUAUUGCCAGGUUUUGGCGAUGCUGGUGCUGCUCUAGCCAAUCAUCAUGAUGUCGAUAAGGUCGCAUUCACCGGCUCCACUGAGGUUGGCAAACUGAUACAGCAAGCUUCGGGUCGUAGCAAUUUGAAACGUGUCACUUUGGAAUUGGGCGGCAAGAGUCCAAACAUUGUUUUAGCGGAUACCGAUAUGGACUAUGCAGUCGAGACCUCACACUUUGGUCUUUUCUUCAAUAUGGGACAAACUUGUUGUGCUGGUUCGCGUACCUUUGUUGAAGAUAGAAUCUAUGAUGAGUUUGUUGAACGCAGCGCUGAGCGUGCUAAGAAGCGUACCGUUGGUAAUCCCUUUGAAUUGAAUGUCGAACAAGGACCACAAAUCGAUCAAGAUCAACUUCAUCGUAUACUCGGUUUAAUUGAACAGGGCAAAAACGAAGGUGCCAAAUUGGUUGCUGGCGGUAGUCGCGCCACCCACUCGCCUGGCUACUUUGUUGAGCCAACUGUAUUCGCCGAUGUGCACGAUCACAUGACAAUUGCACGUGAUGAAAUCUUCGGACCCGUGCAACAGCUCAUCCGUUUCAAGUCUUUGGAUGAGGUAAUUGAACGUGCCAAUAAAUCUGAUUAUGGUUUGGCGGCGGCUGUCUUCACACGUGAUAUCGACAAGGCUCACUACAUCGUGCAGGGCUUACGCGCCGGUACCGUCUGGGUAAACACAUACAACGCAUUGAUGGCACAAGCGCCAUUCGGUGGCUACAAGAUGUCCGGUCAUGGUCGUGAAAAUGGUGAAUAUGCGUUACAAAACUACACCGAGGUUAAGAGUGUGAUUAUGAAGAUCUCGCAAAAGAGCUCUUAAAUGGUGAUAUUGAACAUUAUAUCCUAAGCUACUGAUGUCUGCUUGUGUUAUGUUAUUUGUAAUAUUAGUGCAAAACAUCCGAAGUUUAAAUAAAGGCGCACAGUUUCCUUACACUGUCAUAGAUUUUAUAAAUUCAAA